CAAUCUUCAACCUAUGGAACACGCAUCGGGCGGCAAGAAACUCUGGGGCGGACGGUUUAGCGGCGAGAUCGACCCUGUCAUGAAUAAGUUCAACGAAAGCUUGAGCGUAGACAAGCGAAUGUGGGCAGCCGACAUCCGAGGAAGCAAGGCGUAUGCGUCGGCGUUACAUGCUGCGGAAGUGAUCUCGACCGAAGAAAAUGCUGCAAUUCAAGGCGGAUUGAACCAAGUGUACCACGAGUGGGAAAACGGAACGUUUGCCACUGUUCCCGGCGACGAAGAUAUCCACACGGCGAACGAACGCCGCCUCACCGAGUUAAUUGGCAGUGCGGGAGGGAAACUUCACACGGGUCGAAGCAGAAAUGACCAAGUCGCAACGGACGUGCGUAUUUACUUGAAGGAUGCUAUCACAGGGCUCUCGCAUCAACUCAAGGAACUCAUUGGUGUUGCCACACAACUUGCCGAAAGCAACAUUGCGUUGCUCAUGCCAGGGUUCACCCAUCUUCAACCAGCGCAACCGAUCCGAUUCGCCCACUGGGUGAUGUCCCACGUCGCUGCAUUGCAGCGAGAUGCUGAGCGCCUUGAGGAUCUGUUCAAGCGCGUCGACGUGUUGCCUUUGGGUAGCGGGGCGUUGGCAGGCAAUUCUUUCGGCAUCGACCGGGCUCUGCUUGCCAAGGAAUUGAACUUUGCUCGCAUUUCACCCAACAGCCUGGAUGCCGUCGGAGACCGCGAUUUUAUCGUCGAAUUCUUGUUUUGGGCUUCCAUGACAAUGCUUCACUUUUCGCAACUGUCGGAAGAUUUGAUCAUCUACAACACGUUGAAAUUUGUCACAAUGGCAGAUGCGUACAGCACUGGGAGCAGCUUGAUGCCGCAAAAGAAGAACCCGGAUGCUCUGGAGCUCCUCCGUGGCAAGUCUGGCGCUGUCAUUGGCCGUCUCAAUGGAGUCAUGAUCACCCUCAAAGGGAUGCCACGAUCGUACAACAAGGAUCUGCAAGAAGACAAGAGCGCGCUGUUUUACGUGAUUGACACGAUGGUUGACUGCAUCCAAAUCGCCGCGGGGGUGCUGGCGACCCUCACCCCCAACGAAGCCAAGAUGCGCGGGUUCUUAGUCACGGAAAUGCUCGCGACCGAUCUGGCCGAGUACUUGGUGCGCCGUGGUGUUCCAUUCCGUGAAACGCACCACGUGGCCGGCGCUGCAGUGCGACUCGCCGAAGAUGCUGGCAAGGCACUGAGCGACUUGACGUUGGCAGAACUGCAGUCGCUGCAUCCCAAGUUUGAACCGGACGUGAUGGCGAUUUGGGACUUCGAAGCCAGCGUCGAGCGCAAGAAUGUGCCUGGGGGCACGAGCGAGUCGGCAGUUCAAGACCACAUUCACGCAGUCAAGGCAUGGAUUGCAAAUUCCGCUUAAGCCAGCACUUUGCGGGUUCCCCAACAAGUCGCUCCGAGACGAACUUCGCAUUGGAGUGUAAUUUGACGACGUUUGAAUCGAUUGACUGUUGCGCCAG